AUGAUCAAGUGUGAGCCAGCAGACGAAAAUUCCCCAGAUCUAGACAGUUGCUUGCAGGUACAUUUUGGGGAUGUGCCAGGUAAAACUGUCAGCUCAAAGGUGCGAGCAGGCAGAAACUUGGUAAGGAAGUCUUCACAAACACCUGAGACCUGUGAGACCAAUGAGGGCGGCCAGAAUCAGGAGAUGGAGCAAG